AUGGUUGCUGUUACAUCUCCAGGGAACACCACUGAGACGCUAAAUCCACAUGGCAAGUCCCGAGUCUUUACUGGUCGCAAGUUAGCUUACUACCAGGAGGAAGUCCACAAAGUCCGGCUCAAAGAAGAAGAAGUGAGCGAGGCCCGUGUGGAAAACAUCAAGCUGAAGCAUGAAAUCCAAAAGCUUGAAUUGGUCUUGAAAGCCCAGGGAGAAAGGACAGACGGAGUAUGUUUUAUAGACUUUGAGCAGCUGAAGAAAGAGAAUCAGAAAUACAGUGAAAGGAUUGACGACCUCAGUGAUGAACUGCAGAAGCUCCAAAAGAAGAUCUCUGAUACGGUGCAAAUUCUCAGCCAGUUCAAGGAAAAACUACAGUUUGUGGAAGCUGAGAAUCAAGGGAGAAAGGCUGAACUGAUGGACAUUGAGGCUAUCUUGUCACAGAAGAGAGACCUUCUGACCAGAACAAAGCAGGCCAGAGACAGGUUGCGGAUAGACAAUUUGAAAUUGCAGCAGAAAUGUGGGCUGCUUGGAAACGAGACGUUGCUUCGGGACUUUGAGGAAAAGGUGGAUACUGUAAAGUUGUUAAGCCAGCGAUUAGAAAUCCUGAAAUGUCACCAUGCUGAUCUGAUCCUUACAUGCAAGGGAAUUCAGAAAAAGAUCAAGGAAGCUAGGUCCUUUUUACCUUGCUGAGGCCGACUGAGGAAAAGAAAGCAGGAAAAAGAUAUAAACCAAGGAGUUUUCUGUAAUUUUUUAAGUCCAGGGGAAUGCAUCACAUGUACACCUAGAAAGUCUUUCCUAAAUUCCAUAUUAGCGCUAUGCAUUCAGUAGAGAGAUUACAGUGGAGCUACUUAUUUUGAAUGAAACUACAUAAAAACUUGCUAAACUCAUUAAAAAAAAAAAACCUCACACGCAUUCAAAAGCUUAGACUGCUAAAAAUACAUCUCAGCAUUCAGUCCUUUAAGGCCAUGGCAAUGUUCUUUAAGCAGAGCACUAAGCAAACAUAUUCUACUUCAAAUCUUGAUUCUGGGAGCCUCCAUCUGGCUUUUAGAAUUCAGGAUCAACUCUUUAUCUGUAAAAUAAACAUACAUGCCUUCUAGGCACGUCGUAAGGGUUAAUUCCCAUAGAUGUGACUGAGACCUAAAGAGAAGUUUAUUACUGAAACUUGACAUGGUUUACAUACAGCCACUACACUAAAGCACUAAAUUACUUACUCAUUCUUUAAAUAUAACUGCCUGCAAAAUUUGUUGGUGCACAAAAGGAAGAUUUAUUACUUUAAGAAUUCCUAUUCUUCAGGAUCUGCGGUUCAGAUGCAUACAGACAUAUUAUCAUUCAAAACUAGUUUUUUGUUUUUUUUUUUCUUCUGUCUUUCAACUUCUGCAAUGUUAGGGGGUUGUUGGCCUUGCCCUCGUUCCCGGUGUGUGAAGAUGCACAGAGUGGUGUAAGCCCUUUCAGCACUACCCAAGUGUAGUGUAUCACAAUUCCAGGAAAAAAAAGACUGAGGAAGAGGGGAGGGAGAGGCAGAACUUAACACCUUUAUGACUCCGCAGCCCACAGAACUUUGGUUCCUGUGCACAGCUUCCCUUUCAAAAUAACAUAAAUGUUCUUCAACUAUUAAUUCCCAUGUGGCUUGUGGCAAUCAAUGACUACGGCACUGUUCUGCAUCCUGCAGCACUUGAUACCUCAGUUGUAGUAUUAAUUUCGUAAAAAGCAUCAGAUGACAUCCAGAAUAUGGAAAUAUCUUAGAAAAGCCAGCAAAGUACUGGAGCUCUGAUUUAGUAUGUUCGCUACUGAGGGGAACUCAACCUUAGUGGGCUCCUUACAGGCCAUCACUAGCUGAUGCGCUCAAUUAUUGAAUAAAUCCUACCUAGAAAAGCACAGAAAUCAAUUAACCAACAAAAAUACCACUAAUUUCUUAGGUAGACUGUGAUGCUUUAGUGUCAUUUUUGGUAGUCUGAGUUAAGUACUGAGGACCAUAUUCAAGUGUUCAAAGGCAGGCAGGCAGCCUAUGCACACAGGUCCCACUGGCAAAGAGCAGGAAUUUAAAUCUUUUGGUUUUCUGUGACAGGUUCGAAUCCCAUCCUGAGGGAUGUAGUACUGUCAAGCUGGGUUUGAGUUGUUGGUUCUAGUUGCAUAUAUAUUAAAAAGGAGGACACAAAUUACAGAGGGCAUUUACAUGGGGAUACAAGCAUAGAUAAACUUUAUAUAAAGCUAUUUCCUUACAUUGUUCUUUUUAAAUGACCUCUGAACUAGCUUUUCUGAAUUGCCUGGCUCUUUAAAGGACAUAAAUAAUUAAAGUAAGUAUUAUGCUGUUGAAGGCUUAAAUCUUGUUCUUUUAUCAUGGUGGAAUGGCAGUCUGAAGAGAUCAAUCAUUUUUUAUUCUUUAUUCCAGUCAUGUAGUAGCAAUUGAAUAUAUUCUUUUAAGAUCUUUACAGUUUUGCAGAAUGAUUACAGAAAACAAAGUGAAACAGUUUACACUCUUCUUCUGCAAACAACUCACGUGUUCUGUGUCUUCAGUAGCUCCCAAGCUCAUGAAGAGAGAUUACAAAACUAAAACUGUAUUCAAAACCUUUUUUUACAAAAUACCAGUUAAGUCUUCCUCUAUCUGUUGCUGGAUAGUAAAGGAGACAACUGCAAACCACGUAACCUGAAAAACUUUAUUAAAACAUUAUCUUUCACUUUAAGCCUAGUUACCAAAUGUGAGCUUUUCUCCUACGAGUGGCUAUUGGGCAAGUUGAGCAGCCUCUUGGCAUUCUGCUGCUUUGAUAAAUAAUUAAGCACUCAUCUCCCUAAAAAAGUGGAAGUUACUUUCCUCUAUUUUGACUUCUACUACAAAUUCCUGCCAGGAAAAUUCUCUUUAUGUUUCCUGUUCCUUUUGGCAUAAGACACAGGAAUCUUCCCUCAACUUUUUAAACAUUACUAAGCAACAAAUGCAAAAGGGCAAAGGGAGUGAGAAGCAGGCAACGUAAAUCUUAGGUGCUUUUCAGUGCUGCAUGUUUGACGUCUGGAAAAAACCAAAACUUUUGGUUGCCACGGUAUAUUCCCUGUAUAUUCCCGGUAUAUACACGGUAUAUUCACGGUAUAUUCCCUGUCCCCGACCCAAAUAUUUCUACUGAAAUACUACUGAGGCAUCUGUUUACUCCAUACACUGCCUCCAGGACCUAUUUUCCCGGAACGGAGCUGUUGAGACAACCUGCUGAUAUUCUGGUCCUCCAAAGCUCCCUGAAGGAGUCUCACUUGUCUUCAAGUAGAAUGGAAUUAGUACAGGGAAAACAGAUAAGGAAAAGUAAACCUAGUUUUAAACGAUUUUAUGCAACUUCUGUAAUAUAUGCAAUAUAAGUAUCAAUGAAGUUGGUAUAGGCUUAUAUAAAGCAAUUCUGAUUGUAUGUUAUAACCAACCAAAUCCAACUAAGACACUUCAGUACAAAGAAGUGAGACAGGCAUUUGCUAGAGAAACUAGAACAGUGUCAGUCAAGUCUUUGACUGCUUUUCCCCGUGCAGUGCUGUUACGCCCCUGUUGUCUCCCCAUCCCCAGCUUUUAUCUAGCUUUCAUUUGUUAGUUGGUAUUUUAAUCCCUCUUCAGUUAAUUAAGAGGCAGGAAGCAUCUCCAUUUAAUCGCUGGAGUUGUACACCUACGUAAGAAUUAAUAACUGCCUUAGAGUCAGAGCACAACAAUACCUUGUAAUUAUGAAACCUACAAAUAAACCAAGAUUUCCUCCUGGAAAACAAAGAAAAGAAAAGGUAUUCAGCUGUUCCUGAGUUAUGUGCAUGUCACAACUAUCUCAAUACAGAGUAGUAUGUAUUAUUAUAUUUGCAUUAAUUUUUUUUAAUAAACGUAUCACUAAGAUUCAAACCUAGUGCAGAGAACGGCAUGUGAAAUGGAUUAGACCAUGGGCUCAAUAAGGAGCCAGUCUUCUAAAUAUCACCUUUAUAUGUGAUAAAAAUAUAUGUUUUAAUAUGAGAUCUUGAGAGGCGUCACCAAAAAAUCCUCUCACUAUAACAUUUAAAUACCUAGAGAGCCCAGGAUUUUGAGCAGACAAAAAUUACUAAGACGCCUGUGAAUAGACAGAUACUUACAGUUUUAAUUUUUCAAUUACAAUGACAACAGGUGAUUAAGAUAACUUUAUUUAAUAAAACCACAUAUUUACAGUUGAAAAAAGUUCCAGUUUGAUACACAUAUCUAAACAAAACAAAUCAGUAACUACAUAAAAACAAUUUAAACAUGAUGUACAGGGGAUGUAUCAACAGUUCUCUACAUGUCAUUCUAACUUUUAAAACAUUCAAAAAUAAGCUGUUAUAAAGUACCUUUAAAAUGAAAGUCUUUACUAAAUGAAAUAUUUUAAUGAUUGAUUACUUUAAGUUGCAAAACGGCUUUAUUAUAAAGUGCAGGUUGCACAGAAUUCCAAACCUGACCGAAGUUUUCUGGUUUCUCUCAUCUGCUGCAUGAGCAAGUGACAGUUGCAGAUUUAUGAUGUAUUGCAGCAUUUUUCUUUCUUUAAAUCCAUGAUGAAAAGAAAAACGUUUGCUUUACAGAGAGACACUUGCUGAAUGAGGGAAAAAUCUCAUGCAUCAUGUUACAGAUGCUCUCAAGCACCUGAACAAUAAAAUUGUCAAAAUCUUUUAUGCAAUCCCUGAAUUUAUUACAGAAACCUUUAAUGGCUAAUUAAGAAAUUUGGUAUGCUGCGAGAAACUGAAAAAGCUUAGUGGCAAGUAAUUCUAUGCCAUUACUACACAUCUCUGUUUUUAUCAAAAUUCAAGCUUUAUCUUCAAAUCAAGUUACCGAAGUUGAAACAACUGCAUCUUUAGGCAGGUGGAUUUUUUUUUUUUCAAAUGCAUUUUGUUUGAAAACAAACUGUGCAAAGCUCCUUAUUGCAUUGCU